AUGCUGGCGGAGUUCCGCUCUCAGCAUAAAGCGGCACAUCGAAGUGAACUCGAGAACGAGAUGACGCUAAUUGAAGAAAGCUCGGCUAAGGAGAGCCGCCUCACUGAUCGAAUCACAGUCUUGGAAACAACUCUACGGAACACUGAGCAGGAACUCGCCAGAUGUCAGAGUGAGUUGGAACGGUUGAAAGUUGCCCACAGCUCAGCUGCAGAUACCGGAGCCGCAUUGGAAGAGGAGAGGAGACGAUUGAAGGCUGAAUUGAAGGAAACGAAGGAGCGAGAGCAGAGAUUAAUGGGUGAAUAUACCGAACUCGAGGAGGAAAAUAUAGCAUACAGAGACAGUAGCGAAUCUACGCGCGUCCCGGUAGAAGAAGCUCUUCUUGCUGCUCAGCAAGAACGCGAGCAACGACUGGCAAUGAAGAAGGAGUUGGAUGCGUAA